AUGAAUUUAAUAUAUUUAUUCGCGUUUGCCUUAGUGGGCCAAGCUAGGGCCCUUGUUGAACUAAAUUGCAGUGAUAACGCAACAUGUAUAGACUUUAUGACUAGAGAAUUCGUUAGGAAUAUAAGGCAGAGGAAAGCGGUGAAGCUUUUUGACACAUUCACAAUAGAGCCGGUAGAAAAUGCAAGACAGGCGAGAAGCAAGGAUCCCCUAACGCGGUUACUCACGAGUCACGCGAUCAGCUUCGACUGGAACGAUUUUACCUUCAAAUUCUCGAACACGGAGGAUAAAAGUGACGCCUUAGACUUGGAGGUGUAUGAAAGCAGGACUGCUAAAGAUGUUUCGGAUGAAGCUCCGAAGAAAUCAAACAGCAAGGUGGAGGAAGAAGUACCACAAGACAAAACACCAAAACGUAUCAAAAGACGGCGACACAAACGAAAAGUCAUGCAAGCGGUGAUCCCUCUCUUAUUCGGAAUGAAGUCAGCCGCGAUCGCUAUCUUCUCGCUGGCGGUGGUAGCAGUCAUCACGAUCAAGGCCUUCCUGGCUAGCAAGCUAGCCCUGCUGGUGACUGUUGGAAUGGCUGCCAAGAAGUUGUAUGAGAAUUAUACCGGCGGCGCCGGUUUGCAAAAUCAUCCAUUCCUUUACUCGCAAUACCCAAUUGAUUUUCCGAGCGCCUCAUCGCACGCAUACUCCGUAAGCGGAAUGAGCCAACAGUUUGGUUCCCCUGAGAUGUACAGUCCAUCUGGAAUGGGCUCACAGACACACACUCACGAAAUUCUGCAAUCGAACGACCCCAGUGCUCAGCAGUCGCAGCAGGCGCCAUCUGUGCUAGCUAACUCGACGCGAGCAGCAGAACGAUGGGAUGGGUACCAGAGACGUCCAAUUUUAUAUGGAAGCUCGCGCAGUACGUCAAAUACAUAUUCGGCCUCGGACCACCGCCCCUAAGCGCCUCGUCCAUGCCGAUGCCCUAUUACGCUUUACCUCAAAAUAUGGCGGAGAUGCCGAUGUUUAGCCCAUCAAUGACUAUGCCGGCAAAUCAAUGACAGAAUUGGACAUCGGGAUUAUGAUUGGAUCAAGUGGCGUUCGUUUAGUUCUAAAUAUGCUAAAUGUCAGAUUACCACGCAAGCCUUGAUCCGAUUCUGUGUUUGUUAGCGUGGUGAUCUGACAUUUAGCUAGUGAAUUGGCCGCAAUGUUUUAAAUUUCUGGACCUAGACCCUUCUUGUUUGCUCCUUCUACAAAUUUCCGGUUUGAAAUUUGAAGCAUUGCGUGCAAAAUUGUUUUUAAGACUGAUUUAAAUUGCUCAACCUGUUAACUAACUGAGGUAUUUUUAAGCGCGAGCCCGUCGACUUUUUUAUGAGAUUAAAUAAGUUAUUGUAAGGAUAUGUAUUAAGGCUUAUUU